GAAGCAUUCACCAAGAUGAGCAUCCAUAAUCCGCAAUAGAUCUCGUCAGUUAGGUAUUCUGAAGCCAUUUUCGUGUCACCAUCCUCAUAGGGAUGUCUGUCAAUGGUUUAAAUUCUCUCUAGGUGAUGAUAAUACCAUCUCCGUACCAUCUUCUCAGAUGUCUGUCCUUCGUCAUUGAUAUUUAUUGUACCAAGUCAACGAUAGCCAACUCAUCUUGCCUCACCGGCGACCCCCUUGCAACUGUCAACAACAACCCAAUCUGGGAGCUCUUUAUCUCGGUAUCAACAUUCAAACAUGAGGUGAAAACCCGAGCCAGAAAAUAUGAAGUUAUUAUCGGUUUUAGAUCUGGGCCUCUCCCUCCUCAUCCCGACCCUCAUCCUCCUUCACCUCUUUAUCGCCCCUUAUACCAAGGUUGAAGAGUCUUUCAACAUACAAGCUACCCACGACAUCCUCGUGUACGGAACACCACUUCAAAAUGCCUACCACAGGCUAUCUCAGAACUAUGACCAUUUCACCUUUCCCGGUGCCGUCCCUCGGACCUUUGUUGGCCCCGUGGUCUUGGCAGGACUUGGGCAGCCCAUCGUCAACCUCAUCGGCUUCGAUCAUGCCCAAACCAUCGUGAGAGGCAUGCUGGGUCUUGCCAACGCGGCUGCUCUCCUUUUGUUUGCGCGGAACUUCAGACGUGCCUAUGGACGUUCGGCAGCCAGAUGGUACCUGCUUUUGCAGGCGAGCCAGUUCCAUGUCAUCUUUUACGCGUCGAGGACGUUACCGAACAUGUUUGCUUUCGGUUUGACCACAACCGCCGCCGCCCUCCUCCUCCCGAACCCGCAAGCACCCCCGGAGCUAAUCCACCGCCGCCACCGCUCCGCCAUCUCCCUCCUCGUCAUGGCUGGCGUCAUCUUCCGCUCCGAAGUUGCUCUCCUCCUCUUCACCACCAUCUUCCAGCUCCUCUUUGUCGUCCCCUCCACCUCUCUGGAGCGCAUAGUUCCGCACUUCAUUGUCGCCGUCAUCGUCUCCCUCAUCAUGACCGUCCCUCUCGAUUCCUACUUCUGGCAGAAACCCCUCUGGCCCGAGCUCUGGGGCUUCUACUUCAACGCUGUGCAAGGAAACUCCAGCGAGUGGGGCACCUCUCCGUGGUGGUACUACUUUGUCUCUGCCAUCCCAAGACUGCUGGUGAAUCCGCUUACUUGGGGUUUGAUGAUUCCCGUGGCGUGGAAGCAGCCUGCGGUGAGACCGGCGGUGAAGGGACUGCUGGUGCCGAGUCUGUUGUUUGUGGCGAUUUACUCGCUGCAGCCGCAUAAGGAAGCGAGGUUCAUCUUCUACGUGGUUCCUUCGCUUACCGGUGCGGCGGCGCUGGGGGCGGAUUGGAUCGCUAGGAGGAGCAUCAAGGCGGGGAAGACGGUUGCCGUUUUGACUUGGAGCGUCUUGCUUGGGUCGAUUGCCGUGUCAUUUGUUGCUAGCACGGGCAUGUUGGUGAUCUCGUCACUCAACUACCCCGGCGGCGAAGCGCUCGCGUACUUGCGCGACACGGUACAGGCAGAGGUUGCUGCGUCUAGUUCAUCCUCGGCCGUUGUGCCUGUCCAUGCCGACGUCCUGUCUUGCAUGACGGGCGUCACGCUGUUUGGGACGGCUACGGGGUAUGCAUCGGCUGUUCCUAGCAAGGGCAAGAUUGUCAGGAAGAAUCCCGGGAACAGUGUGGUUCUUGCGCUGGACAAGACCGAGAACGAGUCUGUCCUUGCGCAAGAGGAGUUUUGGAAACGGUUCGAUUACGUCUUGGCUGAGGAUACUACGAAGGUUAAGGGGGAUGACUGGGAGACGGUUGGUGUGGUCAAGGGAUAUGGUGGGAUUGAGGUGUCCAUGAAUGGCCAUGCGCAGGAGGACAAGGUACCAGAAGACGUUCCCGUAGUCGGCCAGGGGGUUUCAGUUGAGCGAUGGAAGAAUCGCGUGAAGGCAAUUACAGGAGGGAAAUGGGUUGGUCCGAGGAUGGCCCCCAGGAUAUACAUCUUGAGAAGGGACAAGGAUGCCAAGAGGGCAGUUGUUAACAAUUAGCGAUUGCAACGUUUUCAUAGGAUUUGAAGUAAACCAACAGCAUCGGUUUAAGAGACAGGUAUAAGUAUAGAUUAUGAAGCUUCAAACGAAAAUACGCGUAUGCCAUUACGCGGCAGAAAGACAAGCACCAGGAGCGAUGAGGAGACACAAAG